AUGAGUGAAAGUUCUCGUUUGUCGACAUCUGAAAGAAUUAAAAUUGUAAAAUGGUAUGCUAUGUACCAGAAUGAAAGUAAAGUUGUUCGUCAGUUUCAACAAUGUUAUGAUCGAACUCCUCCAACACGAAAGUGUAUUUUGAAUCUUAUACAAAAACCUGAUGAAACCGGAAGUAUUGAAGAUGAACAUAGAUCUGGCAAACCUAGAUCUGCCAGUACCAAUGAAAACAAAGAACGUGUUCGUGCAGCGUUUGAAAAAAGUUCUGGAACAUCAUUAAGAAGAGCUUCAUUGAAGUUAAAUCUGUCUAAAAGCAGUCUUCCACAAAUGAUGAAGGAGUUGGGAUUGAAGCCUUAUUGUUCUCAAUUACUGGGGUGUGGAUGUGGAUGUGGGUGUAGGAUCUAG